AUGGAUGAAAGAAGUGUUAACUGGUUGCGAAAUUCGCUUGAAAAGAAAUUCACUAUUCAUCAGUGGCGAGGUAUUCAGUUUAAAGAAUUGGAUGUCAACGGUUUCAUGUCAACCAUCUGGUUAGCUUAUUUAGACUGGGAUGGUGACAAUCUCCCGAACACCGUUAUUAUUAAGAAACCUAAAAAAAUAAUCACUGUGCCAGCUUUGUGGAAGGAACAAUGCAAUGAAUUUAGUGAUAAAUUGCUAACUUUACUUACAAAAACUGAAUCAAAAGUAUACAAUUUAUUUCAAUCAAUGGAACCGCCAAUUCCUUUACCACAUAUCUACGAUAAUUACGAAAUAAACAACAAAAAUAACGCUGAAAUUUUUUUAAUAAUGGAAGAUUUAAGUGAAUAUAAAGUAAUUGACAUUGCUGAAGGAUUGAAUGAUGAACAGAUUUAUGCAGUGACUAACGCUAUUGCUAAAUUUCAUGCUUAUUCAAUAACCAAUAAUCAGUGGAAAAGUGUUGGACUUGGACGCUACGAGAAAUCUGAAAUAGAGGGCAUGGAAAAGUUUUCGAAAAUUAUCCAAAUUGCGACAUCAGAAGUAAAAAAAGAAAAUCCAAAAUGUUUUCCAAAAAGCGACGUUUUAUUUAGAAUUUUGCUAGAAUUUUUAGGAGAAGAUUGGUAUGAAAAUUAUAUCACCAAAUGCAAUUAUGAAGAGGUUUUGAGUACUCUUGUUCAUGGUGAUUUGUGGUCAGCAAAUUUGUUAUGGUGCGGUAAUAAUCUUCGUGCAAUAAUCGACUGGCAAAUGGCUCAUUGCGGAUCAAUCACUGAGGAUUUACUGCACUUAUUGUCAACAUCAGUUAAUGUUGAACGUCGAAGAAAAUUAACGCAAUCACUUCUUAAAUAUUAUUAUGGAAUGCUGAAAAGUCUCCUGGAUGAGUCCAGUGUGGAAAUAACAUUUUCCUUCGAAGAUUUAAUGAUUAAUUACCACGAAACGAUAUUAAUAACAGCAGCGAAGAUGAUGUUUGCAACAACUUUAUGGAGUAAUUCAAAAGUUUUAUGUAAUGGAACUUCAGAAGUUGAAGCAAGAAUUCAAGAAAUGUUUCAUCGAGCUGAUUCCAUAACUGAAGACGCUAUUGAAAGCUAUAAUAUAUUGAAGAAAUAA